CUACUUCCUCACCCAAAUCAGAAAAAGGUCGCCGCAUUCGUCAAAGCCGCUUCUAGCUCUAUAUUUCACCUCUCAGAAUUCUCCACGGCCUCGAUACCCUCCUCUCAGAUCCACCGUCACAGAAUCGUAUCCAGAUCUGUGAAUCGAAAUGACUGCUGCAGCAGCACCCUCAGGAUGGUACAAGGGAAGAGUGAAAGCUGUGCCUUCCGGGGAUUCUAUGGUGAUAAUGGCAGCUCAGAAGGCAGAUCUCAGUCCACCACCGGAGAAGACUAUCACAUUAUCAUACAUCAUUGCUCCUAGAUUGGCCCGUAGAGGUGGUAUUGAUGAACCAUUUGCAUGGGAUAGUAGAGAGUAUUUGAGGAAACUCUGCAUAGGAAAGGAGGUUAGCUUCAGAGCGGAUUACACUGUGUCAUCCAUAGGGAGGGAAUUUUGCUCUGUCUUCCUACAAGAUAAGAAUGUUACAUCAAUGGUUGUUGCUGAAGGCUGGGCAAAGGUUAGAGAACAAGGGCAACAGAAGGGAGAAGCAAGCCCUUUCUUAGCAGAAUUUCUACGUCUUGAGGAGCAAGCUAAGCAGCAAGGUUUAGGCCGAUGGAGCAAGCUACCUGGUGCUUCUGAGGCAUCAAUCAGGAAAUUACCUCCCUCUGCUGUAGGUGAUCCCAGUAACUUGGAUGCCAUGGGUCUCUUAUCUGCAAACAAGGGCAGGCCUAUGCAGGGCAUUGUUGAGCAAGUUCGUGAUGGAAGUACAGUCCGAGUUUAUUUGCUUCCAGAGUUUCAGUUUGUUCAGGUUUUUGUUGCCGGAAUCCAGUCCUCAUCCAUGGGAAGAAGGGGAGUUGCAGAUUCUGUUCUUGAGCCUGAAACAAGUUCCGAUGAACCAAACGGAGAAGUUUCUGCUAAAAUUCGUGUCCCUUUAACAUCAGCACAGAGAGUUGCAGCUUCUUCUGCAUCAUCAACUGAAAUUGCACCAGAUCCUUUUGGCAAGGAAGCUAAGCACUUCACAGAGACACGUGUUUUGAACAGAGAUGUACGCAUUGUUCUGGAGGGAGUUGACAAAUAUAGCAACCUAAUUGGUUCAGUGUAUUAUCCUGAUGGUGAUUCAGCAAAGGAUCUGGCACUGGAGCUUGUCCAAAAUGGUCUGGCUAAAUUUGUUGAUUGGAGCGCCAACAUGAUGGAGGAAGAUGCGAAAAGACGUUUGAAAUCAGCUGAACUUCAAGCAAAGAAAGAGAGGCUAAGGAUUUGGACAAACUAUGUGCCCCCAGCUACAAAUUCAAAGGCAAUCCAUGACCAGAAUUUUACAGGAAAAGUUGUGGAGGUUGUGAGUGGAGACUGCAUCAUUGUUGCUGAUGAUGCUGUCCCAUAUGGCAGUCCAUUGGCAGAACGACGAGUCAAUCUCUCAAGUAUCAGGUGUCCUAGGAUGGGUAAUCCUCGUAGAGAUGAAAAACCUGCUCCAUAUGCCCGUGAGGUUAAGGAGUUUCUUCGGACACGCCUUAUUGGUCGUCAGGUAAAUGUUUCAAUGGAAUAUUCAAGAAAGGUCGGCAUGGCUGAUGGAGUUGUUGCCACUGCUGGUGCAGCAGAUUCAAGGAUAAUGGAUUUUGGAUCAGUAUUCUUGGUAUCUCCAUCCAAUGUUGAGGGCGAUGUGGUCUCAUCUACUCUGCCCACUGCUGGCAGCCAGCAGGCUGGGGUAAAUAUUGCUGAGCUGCUGGUUGGACGUGGCUUUGGCACUGUCGUAAAGCACAGGGACUUUGAGGAAAGAUCCAAUUAUUAUGAUGCCCUCCUGGCAGCUGAAUCACGUGCCAUUGCUGGGAAGAAAGGAAUCCAUUCUGCAAAGGAUUCUCCAGUGAUGCAUAUUACAGACCUUGUAACGGCCUCAGCAAAGAAAGCAAAAGAUUUCUUGCCAUUUUUGCAACGAAGUAGAAGGCUUCCUGCUAUUGUGGAAUAUGUCCUUAGUGGUCAUCGGUUCAAACUGCUAAUUUCCAAGGAAACUUGCAGCAUUGCAUUUUCGUUCUCUGGUGUUAGAUGUCCUGGUCGUGAUGAACCAUAUUCAGAUGAAGCAAUUGCAUUGAUGAGAAGGAAGAUACUGCAGAGGGAUGUUGAGAUUGAAGUUGAAACAGUAGAUAGAACAGGGACAUUCUUGGGAUCUUUAUGGGAAUCAAAGACAAAUAUGGCUGUGGUACUUCUGGAAGCUGGACUGGCGAAACUUCAAACUACUUUUGGUGCUGACAGGAUGGCAGAUGCUCAUCUUCUUGCGAAGGCUGAGCAAUCAGCAAAACAACAGAAAUUGAAAAUAUGGGAGAAUUAUGUUGAGGGUCAAGAAAUUGCUAAUGCUUCAGGCACUGAGAACAGCAGACAGAAAGAAGUACUCCAGGUUGCCGUUACAGAAAUUUUGGAUGGUGGUAGAUUCUAUAUCCAACCAGUUGGAGAACAGAAAGUUGCCUCUAUCGAGCAGCAACUCGCGUCAUUGAAUCUUCAAGAAACUCCUUUAAUUGGCGCCUUUAAUCCUCGGAAGGGUGAUAUUGUUCUUGCUCAAUUUACUGCUGAUAAUUCUUGGAACCGAGCUAUGAUUGUCAAUGCACAACGAGGAGCUGUCCAAUCCCCAAAAGAUGAAUUUGAAGUUUUCUACAUUGACUAUGGGAAUCAAGAAGUAGUUCCUUAUGAUCGGUUACGUCCUCUUGAUCCUUCAGUAUCCUCCAUGCCUGGCCUGGCUCAGUUAUGCAGCCUAGCAUACAUAAAGGUUCCAAGCUUAGAGGAGGAUUUUGGGCAGGAAGCAGCUGAGUAUCUAAGUGAGCACACUCUUAAUAGUUCAAGAGAAUUGAGGGUAAUGAUAGAGGAAAGGGAUACUUCAGGAGGAAAGGCGAAAGGACAGGGAACCGGCACUGUCCUUAUCGUAACUUUGGUUGAUGUUGAGGCUGGUACAAGCAUCAAUGCAGCCAUGUUGAAGGAAGGGCUUGCAAGGUUGGAAAGAAAGAAGAGGCGGGACUCCAGAGAGAGACAGUCUGCCCUUGAUAACUUGGAAGAGUUCCAGGAAGCAGCAAAGAGCAAGCGACUGAACAUGUGGCAGUAUGGAGACAUCCAGUCUGAUGAUGAGGAAUCAACUAUGCCAGUUAAGAAUGCUGGUGGUCGGCGUUAGAUACCUAGUGUUGUGAUCUGAGAUUAGUUGUAAUUGCAGUCUCAUGUUCUCAGGGGAUUAGAACAGAAACCAUGCAGGUUAAAUUAAACUUUUGGAUGAGUUGCUUUUUCUCUUUUUGUUGGAAAAAUCCCCGGUUUUUAUUCAUUUUUUUUCUUCUAUUUGAAGUUGAGGAACAAUUUUUUAGACGUGUAUUAAUAAAACACACCAGCUCUAUCCAAUCUUCUGCUUGCCUCCUUGUGGAGGCAGCAGAGAUUUUUCUUA